AAUGUUGGCAACCUUGUGGCCAUAUUGACUUGACAUGACAAUUCGCAGUUUGUGGCGGGAAGAAUUUGACAAGAAGGGUUGAAUUAUGGAUGAUGUGAAUUUACGAAAGAAGAUAGACACAACUUUCAAGUUAUAUGGCUUUAACUUGAGACGCGAUGCCCAAACAUUCCUCGUAGAUCAGUUAAGACCUGUUGCAAGUGCUGAACGUCAAGAAUGGCUAGAGCGAUUUACAGAGAGUAUUCAAAAGCUCUCUCCAGAAAGUGCAGUUAUUGAGAAAAGUUUGGUUGAAACUGCUGUACAGGAAUGCCUUAGAAGUGGCUUGGAUAAAACAGAGACGGUUUUCAACGUCAUCAGUAGUUUUGAGGUACCUCGUUUCUUGUACGACUUGGAAAGAAAAAAGUUUAUGAAAUCGAGUGAGCCAUCGCCAGAGAUAUUCGGUCCACCGAUAGACAAAGCUGCUAUUUACAGGGACAGGUACACAGUCCUGCAGCAGAGGACGGCGCGCCACGAGCUGUUCACACCGGCGGUGGCCGGCGGGGGGGGAGGCGGCGGCGGAGACGCGGACGCGCCCCAGAAGUUCCGCCUGAGCCCCGUGGAGUACCUGCUGAGCUGCGCGGGACGCCAGGACGACGUGGUCGUGUUGGGGAUGCUGGCCCAGCUGCGAGAGGGCCGCUUCUUCCUCGAGGACCCCACCGGCGUCGUGCAGCUCGACUUGUCGCAAGCCAAGUAUCACACUGGCUUGUUCUGCGAAAACUGUUUUGUCCUGGCCGAGGGCUGGUACGAUGAUAGGAUCUUCCACAUCCAAGGCUUGGGGUUCCCGCCGGCAGAAUCUUCUAAGAGCAGCCGGGCCUACUUUGGCAACGUGAACACAUUUGGAGGCCCCUCAGUUGUUAGCUUAAAAACAUCUAGCAAUCUUCUCAAACACGAGCAGGAAAACCAGGAUGCAAUGAUAGUCUUUCUAGCAGACGUCUGGCUGGACAGUUUCAAGGUGAUGGACAAGCUCCGCCAGCUGUUCGCCGGCUACGCCGAGUGCCCGCCGGUGGCGUUCGUGCUGAUGGGCAGCUUCCUGUCGGCGCAGGGGGGCGGCGGGGGGCAGGCACGGCUGCUUCGCGCCCGCCUGCGCGCCCUUGCCGACCUCGUGCUGCAGUUCCCCGAGCUGGCGCGGCGCAGCCGCUUCGUGCUGGUUCCGGGCCCCGUCGACCCCGCCUGCCCCGGCAUCCUGCCCAGGCCGGCGCUGCCCGCUCACGUGGCCGAGGAGUUCCUGAGCCGACUGCCCUCCGCGGAGCUGGCCACCAACCCCUGCCGCCUGCAGUACUGCACCCAGGAGAUAGUCGUGGCGCGGCAGGACCUGGUCACCAAGCUGUGCCGCAACACCGUCCACUUCCCGGCGUCGGGCGAGAUCGCGGACCACUUUGCCAAGACCAUCCUGUGCCAGGCGCACCUGACGCCCCUGCCCCUGUCCGUGUGCCCCCUGUACUGGGGCUUCGACGCGGCCCUGCGACUGUACCCCCUGCCCGACCUGGUGGUGGUGGGCGACACCUUCAGCGCCUUCACCUCGUCCUACAUGGGCUGCGUCGUCAGCAACCCGGGUUCCUUUCCUAAGAGUGAGUUCUCAUUCAAGGUGUAUAUACCAGCUACUAGACAAAUGGAAGACAGCCAGCUUCCAAAUGAUUGAAAAGAGAAAUGAGUACUAUCAAAACUAACUUAUUUGACUGUAACUAUACUGUAAAACAUUUUGCUACAUUACAUUCUAUUACGCAAAAGUU